AUGUCUAUUGUGCUACGGAAGAGUAACAAAAAAAACAAAAACUGCAUAACAAGCAAGUUUUAUACAAUACACAUUAUAAAAAUUUCUACUCCGGUGUUCCGAGCUCCCAUUGCCAUUGGAGAAAGCCCUUAUGUGGAGUGGAGCUGCCUACAGGUUGUUUUCAGGAAAGACAUGGUUACAAAAAAGACGACAUUCGCCCAACUUAUCACUCGCUUGAACCACUUUUUAUGCCAAGCCCUUAAACGCCGCGACUCAAAAACAUACAUACUGUGCCGCACGGCAGUUUUUGGCGCUAUGACACCCUUUUCCCCAAGAAAAUCGCAUAUUAACAACAAAUUACCCAUGCAACCCAGGAAAAAAAAAAUAGUCAUUAUAUACGUAGUGCGCUUUCAUUGA